GCAUUACGAGUAACAGACCUACAGGGUGUGAUCAUCUUUACUGACAGAACACGAGCUCAUGAGUUCUGAAGUUGCAGAGUUGGAAAUGGAGAAAGUAGCUGGACAAAUGAGGGCGACGACGAGAAAAUGACCAGCGAAGGCGAUAAGUAGAUCACAGAUACUCUAGGCGGGUGGAUUUUGUGGACAAUAAAGAAGAACAGUCCAAAGCCUCCAGAACACCUGAAACAAUGCAGCGCCAGAGUCUUUGCACACGAAACAUAAUAAUAGCAAUUUAUGUCAAAAAAGUAUAACCAAGUUUUCUCUAGUAACAACGAUUUCUGUCCAGAAAGAAACGACGGGGGAAAGAUAUAAAGAACAACCCUAUGUCUCGCUCGUUUACUAGCUUUUCUAGCAAAAUAACAAAAAAGACAAACUCUUAUGAGCCAGCCUUUCGUCAAAAUGACAGAAGGAAGAGUGGUAUGCCCACACAACUCUCGCAAUCUUCUCGUCUCGCUCGUUAGUCUCCGAGACUUGCUCCCCGAACGCCACCUUGAGGAUCUCCUGCAAUCUGUCUCCGAUAAAAAGAUCGUUUACAGUGCGCCGGGGCAGCUGGCGGUAAGACUCAUUACUCAUAUUUCUAGCUAACCUUUUAUUUUUCUCUUGUCUUCCGACAUUUGUGAGGAAUUUAAAACAUCUGAGUGCUGUGCUGCCGUCUGGCACUGCACUCUCCACGCUGCUAGGUAGACAGAAGGCGCACGUGCACAGGAAAGUUAGGUUGGUGUGCUGCUGGCUGGAGAAAACCUUUGUGCUGAGGUCUCUUCGGAUGCGAAUGAAGACGACGUAAGCAAGGUUCAAGGACCUAAGGCACGUGCAGACAACACGUGUAAAUAAUUUAUGAGAUGAAAGCUAUCCCUGAGGUCGUCAUCAUCGUUCUGUCUGGACUCCCUGCGAUCUGCUUGGGUUUUGGAGGCAGGGAAAAUUCCUUUGUUAUCUGUUCGUCCCGAAAUUAUACCUGUGACGAUGGCGGGUGCGUUGACGAGGCCUUCUUCUGCGACGGCAAAGAGGACUGCCAUGAUGGCAGUGAUGAAAAAUAUUGCGACGAUCCUAACAAUGGUAUGAUGUGGAAUAGGAUGUUUUUCAAGAGACCCGACACAGAUCGCGAAAAAGAAGUAGACAUCUGUGCCCUUGACCCACUGCCUCCGGCCUGCACGUGCAAGGAGAGGACGCGUGUGUACUGUGAGGACUGUGAUUUGCCCGCGGUACCUUUCGGAAUCCCAGCUCAAACGACAGUUUUGGAUCUUUCAGGGAAUAAGAUAAAGACCAUUACACUUCAGGAUUUCCGCAAAUUGGAAGAGCUAGAAAAACUUGUUAUCAUGCACUCGGAGCUCCGAAUGAUUUUGCCAGGAACGUUCCACUCAUGUAAACAGCUGCGAGAAGUGUAUCUAACCGGAAACGACAUCGGUGAUUUGCCAGACGACAUGUUCCCAGAGGACAACGUGCUUGAAAUACUGGACCUUCGACUCAAUCGCUUACGCAUUUUGACACGUGACUACUUUUCUCGCCUGAAGCGGUUAAAACAGUUAUACUUACUAGAGAACAUAAUAGAGACCAUCAUGCCUGCCACAUUCUCUAGUAUGCAGAGCCUGGAGUAUCUAAAUCUAGACGGCAACAACCUGGAAAAAGUAGCAGUCACUUAUUUCACAGGAAUACCAGAACUACAACUCUUAAAACUGUCCAGAAACAGAAUUUAUUACACAGAAGAAAGCUCCUUUAUAACUCUUCGUUCUCUGAAAAUAUUAGAUUUAUCCCACAACUUUAUCCGCAAACUUUCUGCAGAGAGUUUUACCGGGUUGUGGAACCUGACACAUUUAGAACUACAGCAGAACCAGAUCGUGUGGAUCGAAGAGGAAGCUUUCAAGCCACUACAGUCCCUCAUCUCCUUAAAUGUUCAGAAAAACAACUUCAGGGGAGUGAACUCCGAGACGUUUGAAAUCAUGCCGCAGCUGAAACACGUCUACUUCGACACGUUCUUCAUGUGCGCUCUGGCGCGCCACGUCAACAAGUGCGUGCCGGAGGGCGACGGCAUCUCCAGCCGCGACAACCUGCUGGAGAGCAGCGUGCUGCGCAGCGCCGUGUGGGUGGUGGCCGUCAUGGCCUGCAUCGGCAACAUCACCGUGCUGCUGGGCCGCGUGCUGAUGAAGGAGAACAACUCCGUGCAUUCCUUCCUCAUCAAGAACCUGUCCCUGGCUGACCUGCUGAUGGGAGUGUACCUGCUGGUGCUGGCCACUCACGACCUGCGCUAUCGCGGACGCUACCUGAGUCGUGACGGCGAGUGGCGUGACAGUUGGAGCUGUGACGUAUGUGGUGUGCUGACGACAGUUAGCAGCGAGGCCUCAGUGCUCAUUCUCACCGUCAUCACCUUGGACAGGUAUAUGUGUAUUCUCUACCCCUCAACCCGCCGGCGGAGCCUGAACAAAGCCUACGUCCUGAUGUUGACCAUCUGGGCCGGGUGCAUCUCUCUGGCCGUCCUCCCUGUCCUGGGGUUACGCUACUUCGGGAAUUUCUUCUACCGCCACAACGCCGUGUGCAUACCCCUGUUUCUUCACGAGCCGCGGGGUGACGGGUGGGAAUACUCGGCUUUUAUAUUCUUCGGCAUCAACCUAGGAUCUUUCUUUUUUAUCGUCUACGCUUACAUGGCCAUGUUCUCGGCCAUCAGGAGGACAGCACUCGCGAUCAGACCCAUCGACGAAAGACAAGAGCAAUGUUUGAUGAAGAGGUUUUUCUUUAUCGUCGUGACUGACUUUUUCUGUUGGAUGCCCAUCAUAGGUCUCAAAGCUGCAGCGUUGGCAGGGGCACCGAUCGACGGUGGAUUGUACGCAUGGGUAGUUGUGUUUAUCCUACCCGUAAAUUGCGCCCUCAAUCCCUUGCUGUACACGCUGACGACGAAGCUUUUCAAGCAACACCUGGCUUCCGGUCUUGCGCACACGGUGGGCAGGAGACGCAGCCUGGAGACAACGUGCAGCUACACCUUCUCCAGCAUCAAGAGUAAAGCUCCCAGCCAGCGGUCGGUGGGAGAAACCAUCGAGAUGGAACACCUGAGUUGCAAGAACAGCCCGUGCAACAUUUACACCGGUAAAAUGAAGUACAAGUACUCCCAGGGUCGGGUUAUCUUCCCACCAGAAGGGGCCGUGGCUGUUCCGUUCACCUAUGAGGCGGUCAGGACCUGGCACUCAUGAACAGCGCUCAGCGACAUCACAAAUCUUGUCACGUGACUCAGCACGUGAUGUCCUGGACGAGCCAUGGCUUCCUGCUCGCUCACUUGGCGGGAGGUAACUCUCGGAGUUCGAAAUAAGUCCUUCGAAUCCUUCCGGCAAGCCGACGACAUCCAAGGGAGACAAUUGGCACUCAUGGCCACAGCAGCAGGAAGGUCGACCGACGCAGUCCUGGAGUGGAUGAGAUUUCUCUCGUCCGAAGAAAAGUUCGGAAAUGUUUUUCUUGCUCUGUGAAGGACGUUUAUGGAAUGAUAAUGGCUGCUGCAGUGAACAGUUCGCAAGAAAUCUGGUCACGUGGUACCUUGUUUCAUGUUUGGCGCUGCUCGCCUGUUGUUAUAUCACAUCCCUGUCCUCCUUACAUCGACACAUUAAACGGGGCUUGGAGUGAAGACAGGGACUAGUAACGAAAACGUUUAAACUCUGAACUGAUAGAAGACACGUGACUAAAAGGCAUCAGAACUCUAAAAAACGCACCAAUCCUUCUGGCGCACAAUUUCCAGGUUUGGGAGAGACUGACCCUUAAACACUUUGGAACACAUGUGACUGUAAUUCAGAACAUUUUGUUAAACAAAUUUCUUUAUUUUUAUUUUCAUCGUCGAUCUAGUCCCCAUGUGGCCUCAUGGACAAACAGAACACUUUAUGUACCCUUCUCAAAAUUGUGUCUCAAGCAAAAACUAAAAUGUUUUCUAGUGAGGAAAGGAACUCAAAUAACUCAUUUUCUAAAGUGCUGAUGGAAACUGGCAGCUGAGUGUUGUUGAUGUCGUCAUCUCUUAGUUGUUAUCAGUUGGGUCAUCGUGUUUUAAUCCCAACUCGUUCAUAAACAUGGUCUUGUUGGCAUAUUGAUACAUAUCAGCCAGAUGGUGUUGUUGCGCUGAUUGCAUAUUUAUGAUAAUUGAUUAAAAGAAUUGAUAUUCUCCGCCGCUCGGCAAGAAA